UUUGUUUUAGUGGGGGACCUUUGAAGAGACGACGACGAUGAUGACGAGUCUUUCCUCAGUCCUCUUUAAUCCCUUAAUUGGCGCGCCGGAAGUGGUUGUGGCGACUUGUAAACACUUUGAACGUCAUUCCGCAUGAUAAAAGUCUAAAGGCGACAGAUGCCGAGUCAGCGCGGUUGGUACUUACCCGCACCGAUGGCCUCCAGGUUGUCUCUGCCCGAGGCGGACCUCUCCUGCACCAUCUGCCAGGACAUCUUCACGGACCCGGUGGUCCUCAAGUGCAGCCACAGCUUCUGCAGCCCCUGCCUCAAGCAGCACUGGGCCCUCCAGACCGAGCUCAGGUCGUGUCCGUUGUGCCGCAGCCCGUCGUGGGACGACCCGGUGCCCUCCCUGACCAUCAAGAACCUGUGCGAGUCCUUCAUCCAGGAGGACGGCGUCGACGAGGACGGCGACGGCGACGGCGAGCUGUCCUGCGGGCCCAAGGAAAUGUGCCUUCUUCACCGGGAGGAGCUCAAGCUCUUCUGCCUCGUCGACCAGGAGCCCAUUUGUGUGGUCUGCUCCAAGUCCAAAAGACACAAACAGCACGACUGCUGUCCUGUCAGCGAGGCCAUUGAGGACGUUAAGGCCAGACUGAAGGCAGAACUAUGUUCUCUGAAGCAGAGGAAGGACACCUUGGAGAAAACCAAGGGAAGCUUUGAGGACGCCAAGGCACACAUUCAGGUCCAGGCUCAGUACGUGCGCAAGUGCACCCGUGACGAGUUCGACCGCCUGCGCAGGUUCCUCCGGGCCGAGGAAGACGCCCGCAUGGUGAUGCUGCAGAAGGAGGUGGAGGAGAAGGCUCGGGCCAUGACGCAGAAGAUCAACAAGGCCAACACCAGCCUGGAGUCUGCGUGCGUGUCCAUAAAAGCUCUGGAGGACAGGCUGGCUAUGACUGGCAUCGCCGUCUUUCAGAAAGAAAACCGCUCAAUGCCAGCAACAGCCUGUGAUGUCAGCCUGGUUGACAAGCAGGCGCCGCCGGUGACGGGGGGACUCAUCGACGAGGCCAAAUACUUGGGCUCGCUGAGCUUCCACGUGUGGGAAAAGAUGCGACACAUCGUCAAAUACACGCCCGUGGUCCUGGACCCUAACACGGCCGCCCCCUGGCUCGUCCUCUCCCACGACCUGACCAGCGUCAGCGACAGCGACAAGCGCCAGAUGCUGCCCGACACCCCGGAGAGAUUCGACCCCGACACUGUGGUGCUGGGCCGCCAGGGCUUCACGUCGGGAAAACACGUGUGGGACGUCAACGUGGGCGCCAACAUUGCUUGGGUGGUGGGCGUGGCUAAGGAGUCGGUCAAGCGUAAGCAGAAGGAGGCGCCGGUGCUGAAGAACGGCUACCUGACGCUCUACUUCUACCAGCAGAUGUACAUAGCGGGCACGUCCCCCUUGACCAAACUCUCGCUGAAGAAAAACCUGCGCAAGAUCCGCGUGCAGCUGGACUACGACAACGGGUGCGUGUCCUUCUUCGACGGCCAUAACAAAGCCCACAUCUACACCUUCCACUUUGUCCCCACAGAGAGGCUGUACCCUUACUUCUGGGUGGGCUGUCAGCGCUGCCCCAUCAAGCUGGAGCCUGUUGAAGUCUUAGUGAAAGUCAUUGUCGACACUUUUUGAGUACCUAGCUCAAUUUGCCUUGUUUCAAGGUCUUAAGUCAGUGGUUCUUAACCUGGGUUCGAUCGAAACCUAGGGGUUCGGUGAGUCAGCCUCAAGGGUUCGGCGGAGGUCGAAACAUACCCGACACAUCGUGUAAAUACAAACUUCUCCCUAUCUGUGUAUUACGGAUACGACAACAGCUGACUGAUUUGCAGGUGUGUAAUUUGUUGUGAGUUUAUGCACUGUGUUGGUUUUGUUGUUUGAACAAGGUGAUUUGUGUACCAGUAAAAAAAAACAUGGUAACACUGAA